AUGGUAGACGAGCGCGCUAAGGGAGGACAUGCCGAGCGUGGCUGUCGAGCGACGGCGGCCAAUACGAAGAUAUCAGAGGGAUGCGGCAUGCGCGCAGGAGCGUGUUGCAAGGGGGUGCCAGGCGAUCAGCUCUCAGCCAACGCGGUUGACCGUGUCCAUAUCCCUGCAUGUCAUUCUCUCGCUCGUGUCUGCGCUGCUGCCAUGCGCGCGCGGCGUCCGGUUGCUCAGUCUACGCCCGCUACCGCCUCGCUCACGCUGCGCUCUGCAUGCCUUGGCUGGGAACACUCGCCUCGCGCACGGGCGCUGGAGCAGACGGACGGGCACCGUCAGCCCCUCCUGCGGUCGGGGUGUGCACUGCGCGUCGCUCUAGCACCCGACACGAUGCACGUGCCCCGCCCCCAGGAUCCAGCGGAGGCACGGGUGCAGCAGCACCCCGCUAGAGCGCGUGGGGAGCUCGCCGGCGUGCGUCGUGAGGGGAACGGCAUGUCGCGCGCAUCCGUGAAGGCCAAGAUGCCGAUCAAGGAGCGCGGGGCGGUGCGAAUAACGGUGGCAGGCACGCGAAUGCGUACGCGCGGGCACGGAUACGGCAUCGAUUGCGCGGGGAUGCUGCGUGCGAUGCGGGCGACGGACGAUGUGGGGGUGUUGCAGCCGGUAGAUCUAGAGCGUGCGUGCGUUGGUACGCGGGCGGGGACGCGGGGAGCUGCCGUCAUGACCUCGGGCGACGCGGCAGCCGAUGCGAAACAAGGGCCACGCCUGGGCCGAAUUGUGCGGCGCGGAUGGACGCGGAUGAGGUGUGCUGCAAGCCAUUCCCCUGUGCAGCGCGCAUCAGUCUAUCUCGCCAGAUCAUACCACGUAUCGAGUGCCGUGAGGGAUGGUGUCGAUGAGGUGCGGGAGCGCAUGGGACCAUCGCCGCGGCUGGGCAGACUGAGCGAGGCGGGCGGUCGGCAGUAG